CGUCAGGAACAGGGAACGAAGUGGUGCGCCUGCUGGAUUCGGCUCUGACAUACCGUCGUAAACAAACGCAACACACUUUUAAAGACGUGGUUUGUCUAGCAGAAGCGGAGCAAGGCUUCUGUAACCUCGUCUUCCGUCCUCGUGAUUGGUUUUCUGUUUUGGUCAGGCGAUGGUGCGGCCUGUGUGGGCGGUGCUCCGGUCGGUAUCCCGGCAGGGCGCCGCUGUGCUGAAAUCAAACGUACCUGUGUCCUACAGAGCAGCAGCUCCUCUGAGCUCCAGACCUGCCAUCAGAGCCUCAUCCAGUGUCAUACGACACCUCCACUCUGCGGCCAGAAUGCCUGAGAUAACCACAGACCACCUGGACCAGAAACAGGUGCAGCUGCUGUCAGAGAUGUGCAUCCUCAUCGACGAGAACGACCGCAAGAUCGGAGCAGACACCAAGAAAAACUGCCACCUCAACUCCAACAUCGAUAAAGGGCUACUGCACAGAGCUUUCAGCGUCUUCCUUUUCAACAGUGAAGAGAAGCUGCUCUUGCAACAGAGGUCUGAUGCCAAAAUCACUUUCCCAGGCUGCUUCACAAACACAUGCUGCAGUCACCCGUUACACACAGACAGUGAGCUGGAGGAGAGGGAUGCUUUGGGGGUGAGGACGGCUGCUCAGAGGAGACUCAACGCUGAGCUGGGUAUCCCCCCAGAGCAGGUGACUCCGGAUGAAAUGACUUAUCUAACAAGGAUCCACUACAAGGCUCAGUCGGAUGGCGUUUGGGGAGAACAUGAGAUUGAUUACAUCCUCUUCAUGCAGAAGGACGUGGAGUUGAGUCCAGACCCCAAUGAGAUCAAAAGUCACUGUUACGUGAGCAAAGAGGAGCUGAAGGAGAUGUUAGAGAAAGCCAGGCGUAAGGAACUGGAGAUCACGCCGUGGUUCGGUCUCAUCGCAGAGACCUUCCUCUUCAAGUGGUGGGACAACCUGCAGAACCUCAAGCAGUUCAUGGAUCACAACAGCAUCCACCGCAUGUAGCCGUCAGAAUCAGGCUCUACCUCUAGUUAGUUCAAGCUUUUGAUUAUUGCAGCACUAGCCUGACGCACAAGCACAGCUGGCUCAGCUGCUUGAGACCUCCUGAAAGUAAGCAUCCGCACAAACUGUAAGCGUUUCACCAACUACUUUUGAAGAGGUAGUUGUAAUUGUGGUGGAACUAUUGCCCUGAAAGAGAAAGCAGAGCAUCUAUGGUUUACGUAGGUUUGGAGCACUGAAGUGCAUUUAUCUCCACAGCUGGUUAGUCGUUCCUUGUAGUGCUGGUUGACCGAAUCAUCAGUCAGGUAAUCGGCUUGAAUAAGCUUCACUGUUUUAGUUUGAGCAGAAGACAUCCAACAUUUCAGUUCAAGUAGAAAAAAAACAGCAUUAUUACUAACAGCCCCACACAGAGAAUAGCUUAUUUUUGUAUAAAAACUUAAAGUGCCUGAUAACAGGUCAUUAGGCUGAGGUGAGAAGUGUCUCCAAGUUAAAACAGUCACUAUCACUCUGUACAUUGCUGACAGUGAUAUCAGUGAACAGGCUGAAUGUUUGUACUCUUUUGCACAAUAAAGUGUUGAUGAUUA